AUGAAGCAGGUGCUUGCUGCUGCCGCUGUGGUGUUCUCUUCUCAGCCUGUUCUCGCACUGAAGGUGCCAGCCAGCCUUGUUGAUGAAGGUGAAGGUGAUUGUUUUGCUCAUGCCUGCGGUACGGGCUACAUUCCUAAGUUCAACCAUCACACUCUGAAGGGCGACUCAGACAUGGAGUGCUGCCAACAGACUUGCGAGUUGUUCACAUGCACUGGGAACUUCGUGGCAAAUCAAGCUUACAAGCGCAACGUUGGCAAAACCAACGAGCAGUGCUGUGACCAGACCUGUGCCGCAGUUAAAUGCCCAGUGGGAAAGAAGGUGCCGAUCGAUCUCAGAGAAUCUGCGGGCAAGACUGCCGAGGAAUGCUGCAAAGAUACCUGCAAAGAUGUGCAAUGUGCACCAUUCACUGUGCCUAUAGGGGCAAACAAGAAUGAAGUAUACCCCGACGGAGAUGCUCAGAGCUUUUGCUGUGAGCCAACCUGUCAAGCCUACACAUGUGAUAUCAUGAAGGGUCUCACCUUGGACAUCGCCAAAGCGCACCUGACACGUGUAAGUGAUGAGACCUGCUGCACUGCAACCUGCUCAAGUGUUGUUUGCCCUACAGGGUAUAAGACCCACCCUGCAAAGGUGAACAUGGAUGCCAGGAAAACAGAGUGCUGUGAGCCGCUUUGCAGCUCUCAUGUGUGCGGUGCCGGCUGGGUGACUGACAUUUCCAAGGCUGCUGCUGUGGGAAACACCGACGAGGUUUGCUGCCACCGGACCUGUGAGAUCUUUCAGUGUUCGGCGGGUUGGGCCAAAAACCCCGCGGCCAGCACAAAUAUUGGUGUUGAUGACUUAACCUGCUGCCUGCCCGAGUGUAUCCAGUACCAGCCAAAAUGCACCGGGGACUUUGCCCCCAACCCUGAUGCAAAUAAGACGGUGGGACAAACUGCAGAUGUUUGCUGCAAAAAGUCCUGCUCUUUGUACCCAUGCUCCACGGGCACCGUGAAUAUUCCCGAUGCAAAGAGUGUUGUGGCCGCGACGGAUGAUGCUUGCUGUGAAGACUUCAGGUGCCCUACCUUCCGCAAGAAGACUGAGGUGAAGGAUGGCUGCAAUCAGCUCAGCAAGGACGCGUGCGAGAAGAACUAUGUGAAGCUGAAGAACACUCAUACCAACAAGACUGACACCUUGGCAUGUAAGUGGACUAUGGGCUUUUGCCAGGUUCAUGACCUUGAGCCAAUCAGCUGCGCAGAAUAG